GCUCAGCGCGUGUCGGAUGAAUGGGCCAUCAGUUAUCCGAGACGACGAUAAUGCUGGCGUACAACAGCACACACUGUUCGUCAUUUUCGGAUGUGCAAAUAUAUGUAUAGCGCAAAGUCCUUUAGGAGGGUAUUUUAAAGACAGGAACGUGCAGAAGAUCGAAACGAGGACAAGCAUUAGAUUUACGAGAAAACUGAACAAGGAUUUGGUUAAACAUUUCUAUUGAAAACCGUACGGGUUUAAUGGGUUCGUAAAUAAAGCUAAAAAGUAGGUCUUUUCCAGCUCUAUCUUAUAAGACUAGCAGCUAAAAAACACGGACUAUAAGGGUAUCUUGUCUUAUCAGAAAAGUACAAAAGACUAUAACGUGAAAAAACGUUGGGCGAAAGUGGGUUCUGCUACAAUCUUUCCAUUUGAGCUUCGGCAACCCAAAAACACUCGAGCACGUCUAGCUUUGGUUGUGACAAAGUGGUUUCUAUUUGACCCCACGAAUAUUUCAUCGCUCAACACCAUGUUCAAGUUGAGAAACUCGAGUGGUGGAAUGGCGUUGUAGAAACAGAGCCGUGAGUGAAGUUGGUUGCGUUUGCUGAAACUCAGCAACAGAAACCCCGUGAGACCGACGUACGGUUCUGUGCGCUCGAGGACAGUGAAAUGCAGUAACGGCAACGUUGCGUACGUCAAUCCUCUGUCAUGGAGCUGGAGUCGUACAGCUAUUGAGUUUGUUCGUGAAAAUAAAGCUGUUUUAAAGGGAAUUUCUACGUUAAAUUGGAUUUGUUUUGUGUAACUUGGUGAUUUUCAACUUCGGCUAUCGUGGCAGCUUUUCGGCAAACGUCGGCCUCGACCAGGCUGCGAAAUAUUCAAUUGCGGCGGUCCUUGCGAGUCGCAUUCGUUGGAAGAUCGACGUUGGACGGUCCAUUUGGAUCGGGACCUGCUCCAUUUCCUUGUCUCCAUUUAUCCAGAUUGGUUUGAGGACCGGAUGAACAACGAAAUGCUGUCUGAGCACGAAGGAGGCAGUGACAAGUCGGAAGACUCCUCCUCAUCCGAUUCAGAGGCGCCCUCCUCGCCGCCCAGGGUGGACGACUCGCCGCUCCAGAAAUGCAUGGACCGCAACAAACAAUCCCUGAAAGUGAAGCUGAUGAUGAGACGGCCUUACAUGCAGUUAGUGGACCAAGGAAUAAUGCCGCCAUUAAAAAUUCCAGCUUCGUUCCACGAACAACGACAGAAACUACAGCGGGCUAAAAUGGGUGACCUGCUUAAGCACAAAAUUCAACACAGACCGGACAGGACUGAGCUCAUACGCCAACACAUCCUCGAAGCUGACACUGGCAAAGUGGAUCCUUCGCUGGCUGAACGUCAGCGUAUGCUAAAACGGGCCCGUCUGGCCGAUUCGCUCAAUGACCAAUUGUCUCACAGGCCUGGGCCGUUGGAGUUGAUCCAGAAAAACAUCCUCCAUACGGACGAAAACGUUGAGCGAGCUGUUAAAGAGGGCCAAAUUUCAUUUCGAGCGACUUGUGAAGGUUCAGCUAUCCGACCGUCACAUCCUAUUCGCUACGUUACGCCCGAAGGGGACGAUAGCAGUUCAGAGGGUGCAUUGUCGCCCAGCCAGGACGGAUCGUUGGAUGGAUGCCUAAGCAAUGGAGGUAUGACGGGCAUUAGUGGUACGACAGCAGGGCCUUCUUCAAGCCCUGCGACAGUAGCAUCAAGCCCUGGAUCGCUCAGCUCUGUUGCAUCACCGGCCACAUCGUUGGUGGUGGCGCCAUCUCCACCUCCUCCUCCGCCCAUGCCUACUCGGCAACCGCAGAAGAAAGUAGAGCAAUCUGUCCCUCCACCGCCGCCUCCUCCUCUUCCAGUUGUGCCUUCUUCCUCAAGCUCAUUGCCAGUAGUAAUCAAAACCGCUGUGGACAUAUCCAAAAAUCGCAACCGGAAAAAGUCGAAGCAGAAAUGUCCACCUAAGCCUCGCACCAUUAAAUUCCACGAGUACAAGGGUCCGCCGAACGCUCAAAAGCAACAGCCACCCGUCCCUUCGGAUGUGGAAACGUCUUACGAGCUUUUGCUCCAGCAACAACAGUUGUUCCUCCAGUGGCAGCUGGAGUGGCAACAUAAAUAUCCACAAAUCAUUUUACCGGCCAAAGCUCCCUGUAGUAGUCCAUCGGCACAUAACGCCGCCGCAGCAACGGAAGAUGCAGCCUCCCUUUUGUCCGCCUCUCUACCGUCAUCGACCUCUUCCAUCACAGCGGCUCCUUCACCGGCUCCUAGUACGCAGAGUGAAUCCAUAACAUCCGUCAUGUCUGCUACGCCAAGCAGCACGACACGGAUCACAGUCCGGCUAGAAGAGAUGAAAGUGAGCGAUUUAAAAGCUGAAUUGAAGAAGCGUAACUUGCCCGUGUCCGGUUCAAAACCGCAACUGAUCGAUCGACUCCGGCCGUUUGUCGGUGAAGACGCAACACUAACUGCUAGCCGAUCUUUAUCUCGACGCGGAUCGCAAAGCCAAUUGCAACAACAGCCACAGCCAGCUGCGCAAAUGUUGAUGGCCGACGACGUGGGUCCUAUGCCAUCACCUCCGACCAGCAAUGCCUCGCGCCGUGUUUCAUGCAGCAGCCUGGACGGAAGCAUCAGCAGCUUCCGGGCGGGCAGCAGCGACAUGCUACUUCCUUCUCUUUCACCGACCAGCUCGGCAGCAUCGUGCUCCAUGUCCCCGAGUCCAGCUUCCGUCCGCCCACCUUCCGUCAUCAACAUGGACAUGGACAUUGAGAUGAACGAUGCCUCUUCCAACACGCUGGAUGCAGCGGAAAUCAAAUUGGAAGCUCCGCCCACACCGCCACCGCUUCCGCAACAGCCGGUAGAACAACAAAUCGAUGACUUGGUACGCGGGUUGCAAGAGGAGCAGCGCGUGCUGCUGGAACAGCAACAGAUGCUGAGGCAACAAGCGGCAGCAUCGGCACAGGAAGAAGCUCAACAAGUCGCCAAUGCGACAACGUCCAACGAUCCAAAGUCGCAACAAAAGUACCUGUUGCAGCAACACCUCCAGCUCAAGUUCCAGCAGCAGCAGAUUCAACUGCAAUUGGAACAAUUACAGCAAAUUCAGCAGCAAGGACCUCCGAGUUCUCCGGCGACAUCGGGCAGAUCCACAUCGAGUCGGAUGGCGGCCCGAGCCAACCGGAACGCGGCCAAACUGCAAACGUCCCGUAACAAUGCAACAACGUCGUCACAAUCAUCUGGCGAUGUUCCAGAAUUCGCAUCGCCUUCGCCGUCUGAACCAUCGUCCGAGCCGUGUCAUCCUCGGAGACCUCCUCCGCCCAACUACAGUGAAGCAUCCCGCAUGCUCCAGCAGCCGGGCAACACUACGUCGGCCGGAAAGCCUCGCGUGUCUAUCAAAUCGCAACUGGUGGAUGACGUUCUAGACAUACUUAUCCGCAACGGGGAGCUGCCUCCCAGCGCCGCUCACGAUCCUAUAACGCCCACGACGCCUCGUGAUCCUCCACCUAUGCCUCCACCACUUCCAUCGCAUUUGUUGACUAAACAGCACCAGCAGCAACAGCCACUCUCCCAUCCAGCCGUCUCCGCUACCGAGAUCAAAUUCCCUUACAUAGACAUCAACGAGCUUGGCCUCAAUCUCGACCUAGAUUCGCUAGGUGAGGCCAUGGAGCUAGGCGUUUACGAGAACCAUUCGACAGGGCCGACCGUCACGCCUUCGUCGGCCGCUGAUGUACGCAACGAUGAAGUGACGGCCAUGGAGAUGGAUGUAUCCGAUUGGCUCGAUACGCUAUUGCCACCGUUAAAUGGUUCUCCAUCGUUGCCGCUGUCUUCAAAUUCGUCUGUGGCCUCGUCGACGUCAUCAUCCACGUCGGGGUUCUCCAGUCUGGGGUCCGAUCAGCAUCCGUAUUUGGUACAACAGCCGCAUCAGAGCUUUUCGCACACGUCCAACCAGUUGAAUCAGCUGAAUCAACCGACGUUGCCCCAUCAGCAAAUAUCGGGCGACCCGCUCUUUUCCAGUUUGUCCUCGGAUCCUUACACGGAUCUCUUUGCAUUGGAGGAUACUGACAUGAAAUUGCCCACAGGACUGGGUAACACUUUGUCCUGGGAUAGGCUCGACUUUACAGCCUAACAAUUCAUUGUUAUUUUUUUGCUAUUUCCACCCCUCUCAAAAAUCAAACCAUUCAUCUACACGCAAUCUUCUCCUGCGCGAGACCAGUAGCUCAUUGAAUUCACCGCUACCUUGCCUCUAAUCGAUUGUUACUUUCUCUUCAUUUCUGGCCAUAUGGCAACUACAAUGAUAGAUUUGUUUCUCACAGGAGAUGGAAGAAAGUGAGAGUUAAAGCCUUGAAAAUCAGGGUAACGAGACAAACAAAAUGAUUUUGGUUGCCCUGCCACAGUUGUGUGGUUUUUUUUGCGGUUUCCCCAUCAUCCUGUCAGGUUAAAAUUUAAAAAAGAAAAAAAAAUACCUUAGUGUGUGCGAUUGAGCACGCGAUAUUAUUUUUAAUUUUUUUUUAAUUUACACAAUUCGAGCCCACCAAUUCAUAAUAUUCUUUUUCUUUAGUUUUCCAACAUUCCACGAUAUCCAGAUGAUUUUUUCUUUCUUUUGCCGUGACUCUCAUUUGUCCCCGUUUUUUUAGAUGCGAGGAUUUAUCGCGCCCGUUCUAUCAUUUUUCAAAAUGUUAUUUUGAUUUAAAAAAAUGGGAAUGAGUGAAUUAUUUAAAAAAGAACCUCCACACCACCACAGCAGACAAAAUGCGGUUUUGUUAACUCGUUUGUAUUCAAUGGAUCAAUAACAGACACAAAAAAAUGGAGAAGAAAAAUGGAUUAACACGUAGAACGUCCGUCACCCUAUUAUUUACCAAUGGAGAAAGAGAGGAAAUGAUCUCCUCCUUCUCUAUAUGUAUUGACCAGUCUUAUAGUGAAGUUGACCAGUGUCCCAUCCCUUCCUCCUUUAAAAAAGCUUGUUUUUCAUUAUUGUUGUACGAGAUAUGUGUUUGCUCGCUCCCGCGUUCUUUAACGUUUUUUUGCCUUGGCUUGGUUGUUUAUGUUAUUAUUCAUUAUCCUCCACUUAUUAGAGCGUCGUGAAAUCGAUGUUCCUUUAAAAAGAAAAAAAUGAAAAAAAAAAUACGAGAAAAAAAAAACGCUUAGCAAUUUGGGAAUGUCUCAGAAUGCGUGAAUUGUUUAGAUUGUUUCUAAUGAAGCGUGCUCGUGUUUCGAUCAGAUGGCCACUAAUUUGAUGAAAAGAAAAUGUAAUUCUUUAUUGUUUUCCAUGUCAAAGCUUCCGAUAUUGCGAUUAUAAUUGCUACUAAAAGCGAUUUAUUGCGUGCCUCCCCCCUGCCUCUCUUUCUUUCUAUUCGUUUGAACGCGUGUAAAGUUAAAAAAUAAUGACGUUUAGAAUGCUGCGUACGUGUUAUUAAUCGAUACAACCUGUCUACAUAAUAACUGCCUCCCGUCUUUUUCCUUCAUCCAUUGAUUUCCUUGUUCUUCUUUUCUCCCUUUUUGUUUGUAAAGUUAUGCGAUUGGUGUUAAAACCAGAAAGAAUUCGUUUUAUUACCUCCGCUCCUCUCUUCGCUGAUACGCUGGUGAAUUGUAAUUCUUAAUGUA